AUGUGUAGGGCUUUCCCCUCCACCCUGAAAAGAGAGGCAUGGCAAUGGUUCUCUCAGCUCCCUCUACGGUCCCUCUCCAAUUUCACGGACUUGGGAAGAGCCUUCUUGGCUCACUUUGUGAGCAGCAGGGUUCAUAAAAAGACAGCGGCUAAUUUACUGGCCAUAAAGCAAUGCCCCGAUGAGUCCAUCAGGGGUUUCCUUACCAGGUUCAAUAAAGAGGCCUUGGAGGUGCAAAAUUUGGAUCCAAUAGUGAAGUUCCAGGCGCUGCGUAGCGGAAUACGAGAUGUCGAAUUGAAAAAAUCCUUGAUCAUGGACGAACCAAGAGAUAUGUAUGAAUUGUUUUCUAAAUGUGAAAAAUAUAUCAAUUUGGCUGAAGUUCUUGCAGCCGAGAAAGAAGAUAAAGCUGAGAAGAAAGUCCAAGAAAAGGAGGAAAUCCCUCACGAAGCCGGUACGAAGCGUCAUCGAGAUGACAGAGAUGGCGGAAGAAAGAAAGAUGAUAGGAAAGCUUGGGUUACCAGAGCUACUGAUCUGGGACCUGAGCCGGUCUAUAUAGCUCUGACUCACGCCCGAGCACAUAUAUUAAAUGAAAUUAAAGAUCAAGUGACCCUACGGUGGCCCUCCAAGAUGGUUAAGCUAGCGCAUGAGCGCAACAAAAAUAAGUACUGUCGCUUUCAUCAAGAUCAUGGUCACGAUACCGAGGAGUACAGACAGCUGAAAGAUGAGAUUGAGACUCUCAUUCAAAGAGGGCGCCUAGGUCAAUUUAUCAAGAAAGAAGGAAAUGAACGCAAGUUGGAUUACCGUGCUCGGGAGCCAGAAGAAAAACAAAGGUCAUCCACAUAA